AUGAAGCUCCAUAUCUUGUCGUUGCGGCGUCGUCGGAGUGCCACUGACAAAAAGCCACCAAAACAGCUGAAUCAUCUUGAAUCAUUGAUCGGAGCAAAAACAACAGUUUCUAGAGCCAUGGUUCCUCUUGGAAUCAUGACCGAAAUUAAUUUGAAAGAGGAGAUUGAAUCCGUGGAGAUUGUUGAAUUGAAUGAGGUGGAGGAUUUGAUCGGAUCACAUUCUUUGAUUUAUGUUCUUGAUCGUUAUACAAAACAAGUGUUUAAAUUGUCGAAAGGUGAAAAUGUCAAUGAUGACGAUACUGAAAGUGAUGAGAAUGAUGAUACUUCUUCCAAGGUAUGGAAGGUUGAAAAUAUUCAUUUUGGCUCCAAAGACGAAAAAAGUUCAGCAAGUUUACGAGUGUUAAAAAUGUCAACCUAUACGGAACAUGCUCUAUUUCUUUUAGAGGAUAUUCACAACGGAGAAACAUACUUGUAUGGCCGUGGAAAUAAUGCUUAUAGUCGUUUGUCGAGCAAGGAAAAUGUCGAUUUAAGCAAGCCUGUUUUUUCACCGCAUAUCCAACUGCAAAAUAAGCGGAGUAGAAUUACACAUGUUGGAUGCUGUUUCUCAUUUAGUGUGUGUAUUGUGAAUAAUACAGAUGUUCACUUAUCUGGUCAAGAUUGGAUUAACAAUUCAAACACAGGUUAUCAUGAUUGGUUAAACAGGGCUCAUGUUUGUACCAAGCCUGUAAAGUCCUUGCAUUGUGGAAAUUUUCAUUUCAUCAUUUUACUGGUCGAUGGAAGUAUUUGUGUUGCUGGAUCUCAUUCUUCAAAGCAAUUAAUCCUUCGACAUGUAACACCUUUUCAAGAAAUUCCUACAAGUGUUCAGGCAGGCAUUUAUGCCAAUUUAGGAACCAAUUGCUCGUUAGUGACAUCCCCAACAAACACAUAUCAUUUCUUUGGUGGAUCACCAUUUACAGUUGAAGGUGAUGAUCGCCGAGUGAAGAGUCCUCUUAUCACCGAUCACGAUUCAAAGGAAUUUCCAUAUGAUGAAGUUUUUUUAGGUAGAGAAUAUGGAGCCUUUCACUUUAAGCACAAUCAACUUUUGUACUUGCUUGGUAACGUCUCCGGUAUGGCUUACAAUCACAUUGUCAGGUAUUCUUCAUUAUUUUCGACACAGCCUCAAAUUGUUACAUUGCCGAAUAGAAUUGUUUUCUUCCUUAACCGACCACACUCAGCAUUUCACAAGAAAUUACUUGAGAAGGCUUACAUGGAGAACCAACACACCAUCAGUGAUGUGUUAAUUGUGGCCUACCAUUAA